GGCUCAAGGCGGGCCCGGAAGGGGGGGGGCGGGUCCGGUGGAGGCCGCUCCAGGGUGACUCGCUCGGCUGGGAGCCUGGUGAUGCCACCAGUGCAGGUGCCAAUUGGUGGCGAUGUGCACUCAUGGGGCAGCGGUGAGAUGGGGCAGCUGGGUUUCCCACUCCUUGAGGACCUCCCAAAGGACCAGGAUGGCUACCCAUACGAGCCAACUGCUGGUCUCAUCAAGGCCUUCAAGCGUAUCAAGAUCUGUCAAAUCGCAGGCGGAGACGGGCACACCGCUGCAGUCACUGUUCACGGAAAGCUGUACAGCUGGGGAGCAAGUGCCUGCGGCCAGCUAGGGCAUUGUGACACUGCGCACAUGCCCAAGGAUGUGGAAGGCUACCCCUACCAGCCAGUGCCCCUACUGGUUGGAAGCCUCCAGGACGUAUGCAUCGUCCAGAUUGCCUGCGGAGAUGCGCACACCGUCGCGCUAUCUCGCGAGGGUGUUCUGUACAGCUGGGGUGGCGGAGGAUGUGGACAAUUAGGUCACUCUGAGACCUCAAAGAUGCCAAAAGAUGAGGACGGCUGCCCAUAUCAGCUCACACCUCGAGUUGUGGAGCAUCUUCGACCACACGUGGUCGCCACUGUCGCCUGCGGGAAGGCGCACACCAUUGCGGUUUCAGACCGGGGCCGCAUGUACACCUGGGGAGCUGGUGCUUGCGGGCAGCUUGGUCAUCCAGACACCAGUAGCUUCCCAUCGGACGAAGAUGGCUAUCCGUUUCAGCCUGUUCCGCGAGAAGUCGACCAGUUGAAGGACUACAAAGUCAUAGCAACUGCCUGUGGAGACGUCCAUACCUUGGCGCUAACCGACAACGGGCAUGUGUACUCCUUUGGUGGCGGCUCAUAUGGCCAGCUGGGUGUGAAGGACGUGCUGGCCAUGCCGGUGGAUGCUGACAACUGCCCGUACAUGCCAACUCCCCAACAAGUCUACGGCCUUGAGGGCAUUGUGCGCUUGGCCUGCGGUGAUUCGCACUCGCUCACUGUGGACAGAGAUGGGCGUUUAUACUGCUGGGGAGCGAACUCCUGUGGUCAGCUUGGAAUCAUGAACCCAGACGAUCCCAGGAUAAGAAAAGACCCUGAUGGCAUUCCGCACUUGCCAACCCCGGCGGGGGUCGAAGCACUGGCAGACCAGAGGAUCAUUGAUAUUGCCUGUGGGGAGGCGCACUCCCUAGCAGUGUCAGCUACCGGCAAUUUGUACAGUUGGGGCGCAUGCUCCUGCGGCCAGCUUGGACUCGGCAGUUGUGAUGGAAUGCCAGUUGAUAGUGACGGCUAUCCAUAUCAGCCCACGCCUACUCUUGUCACGGCUGGCUUUAGAGGGAAGGCAGUAUUGAGAGUUGCUUGCGGUGGUGUUCAUAACCUGGCCAUUACUGAGCCAGACCAGUCAUUGGCAGCCAGUCUCUCCACGCUUGUGAACAGUGAGAUGUUGGCCGAUGUUUGCUUCCGCAGCAGUGAAGGCAGCGUGCUUUAUGCUCAUCUCUGCGUCCUGAAGCACAACGCUCCAUCCUUGUACAUGUACGUGUCCCAGCAGGAAGCAGCUGGCAAAGUGACAGUUGACGGCGGGGAUAUUCCCAUUGUGGUAAUGCCUAAUGCACGGCAGGAGGUGCUUCUAGACUUCCUGCAGUAUGUUUACACACUAGACAUAGAUGCAGCCACCAUGUCGCUCUCCAGCUUCUCGGCAGUGCUGGAGCUGUACCAUUUGGGGGAUCGGUUCAAUCUCGUUCACCUGCUGCCAAAGUGCAGACGCUUGAUCCGGCAACAGUUGGGAAAGCAGAAUUUGCAUCGACCUAUGCUGAAUUUGCUGGAUGCCAGGCAUCGCGCACAGUUGGCUGAGGAAUGGCUACCAGGAAGUGCUGCCAGGACUGGAGCCUCCAAUCGAUGCGAGGGAGGAUCUUCCGGGCGGUGGAUGGGGAAUCUUCUUCCUGCCGAACGGCCAGGCACUAGUGUUGGAGGAUGCAGCGUACCGGGAAACGCUUGCUCGGGGAACUUUGUUGGAUCUGCAGGAUAUUGAUGCUCCCAUUAAAGAUGAGGAUGCGAUGCUGGAGGACCACAUGCGGCAAUUGCUGGCUGACAAGGAUCCCGCGGUUGUCCUCAAUGGUAUCAGCGCAGUCAACAUUCAAGCAGAACCAGGUACGGACAAAGGUAGGCCAGCAAGGA